AGGAAGAGAUCUGGUAAUAGCUUGUGUGUGUGUGUGUGUGUGUGUCCACACCUUUGAUAUUUUCACCCUGUGUGUUCAGAUAUCUGCUGCCACGCAUGCACACCUUCGUCCUCUGAGCUCUACUCUUCAGGAUGAUUACAGAUUCAUAAUGGUUGUCUCGUUCAGAUUGGAUUUAUCUCUUUUAAGGCUGGACAUAUGAGUAGUUAAUUACAUGUUGAGAUCCCUCCAUUAUUUCUUCCCUGUGUACUGACAAUGUGGUGUAAAACACUCACCAGUUUCCAGUCAGGGUAGUUGACUUACGUUGGAGGUGGGACCCUGGAGGAGCAGCUGAGGAUCACAGCUUGACUAUUGUGCAUUUUCCCAUCAGUACCGGCGCUUUAUGGACAGCAUGGACUGUGUCUCUCAGAACCUGCGAGAUGAGAUCUCAGAGCUGCUGAAGCCUCACAAAGUCUGUCUGGUGGCACCUGUUGUCCUGAAUCACUCCAGUCAGACGUGUGGGAGAUCGGCCAACAGGAUUGUGGUCCUGAGUCUAUGGAGAGGUUACCUGGUUAUAAACAAACAACCUGUCAGGGUGGAGAGCACUUUCAGCUACCUGGAGAUUUGCUCCAUCAACAUUCACAGUCUCACCGAGAUUGUGUUGGAGACAGACAGGCAGACUCUGUCUUUCAGCGCAUUGCAUGUUGAGGAUCUGGAGUCCAUGGUCGGUCACAUGACUGCCUCACUGAAGAGGAUCUUCCCUGAUUCCUCUCCAGGAAAGCUGUUGAAGACGAUUGCUCCAGAUCUCCAGCAGAGACUCCUCACACAGACUGCUGUGGUCGAGGAGCAGAUCAACAGUCAGCCUGGCUACUGUGGAGGAUUCUCUGAUACCUACGCUGCUCUGUGUGAUUUCAAUGAGAUGCCAUUUAGAGAGGAGAUUCAGUGGGACAUCGACAACAUUUACUACAUCAACAACUGGAGACAGUUCAACCUGCAGGACUUCAGCCACUUAGACAGCAGGGACUUGGCAUUAGCAGUAGCAGCUCUGUCUUUCAACCAGUGGUUUACCAAGAUCUACUGUAAAGAACUCAAACUGUCAGUAGACGUCCAGCAGCAGCUGACUUUCCUGCUGUCCAGAUCUCCCAGUCUGGAGGAGCUCUCACUGGAGGCCAGUGGACUCAAACUGGACUUUGCAGUGAAAAUGGCAGCUGCCCUACGUGAGCACACCUCCUCUGCCCUGCAAUACAUCAACCUGUCAGGAAAUCCAAUCGAAGACAAAGGUGUAAUAGCUCUCAGUCAGGAGUUUGGGAAUCUAGCUGAAGGACUCAAGCACCUUUCUCUAUCCCGGGUAUCAAUGACUGCUAGAGGUCUUGGCUGUCUGAGUCAGGUGUUAUCCUCCACUCAGCUGUUCUCCGCCACUCUGACCCACCUGGAUCUGUCCAGUAACCCCGGCAGCCUAAUUACUGAAGAGGCCACGUUUCUCUUCAAGUUCUUGUCAAGUACUAACUCUCUGUCUCAUCUGGACCUCAGCGACACUACCUGCCCUCUGGACACGUUAUUUGUGUCCCUGUCAGCUGGAUGUUGUUACAAACUGAUGCACCUGAACCUGGCCAGAAACCCUUUCAGCCACAGAAAGGUGCGCGAGGUGACCAGGAGCAUUCGCGAGUUCUUCAGUCAGAGCUGUGAGUUAAAAUACGUGGGCCUGUCUGCAACCAAACUACCUCCACAAGCUCUCAGGUUAUUACUGCAGGGCCUGGCAACCAACACUCGUCUCUUUGGGCUGGAGUUGGACCUCAGUAGCUGUGAGCUACGUUCAGCGGGGGCCCAGGUGAUACAAGAGCACAUCUCUGAAGCUACAGCUAUCAAAAGUCUGGAUAUCUCUGACAAUGGUUUUGAGAACAACAUGGUCACUCUGGUCCUGUCUGUCGGUCGAUGUCACUCCCUUCGACACCUAGCACUGGGGAGAAACUUUGCCAUGAAGUCCAGAGCUCUCACUGAUGUUCUUCAUCGUAUAGCUCAGCUCAUUCAGGAUGAAGAGUGUCCCCUGCAUUCUCUAUCAGUGUGUGACUCCAAGCUGAAGACAGGGAUGCACAUCCUGCUGAGCGCUCUGGGCGGCCACGCUGCUCUGGCUGAGGUGGACAUCAGUGGAAACAACAUCGGAGACACUGGAGCAAAAAUGCUGGCCAAAGCCCUGAUGAGUAACACCAGACUAAGGUCUCUAACAUGGGACAGAAACAAUGUAACUGCCAGAGGUUUCCAGGAUGUGGCUGAUGCCUUGGAGAGGAACUUCACUCUGCAGCAGGUGUCUGUCCCCCUGGCUGAUAUCACACAGAGUUACCGCAGCAACCCUGACAGAACAAGAGAGGCCCUGCACAAGAUCCAGCAGUGUUUAGACAGAAACAACCAGAGACAGUCUGACAGAGUGGAACUGCAGCAAGUGUUUAAAGCUCAACAAUCUGAAAAGAUGGUCCAGGGUGUGUGUCGGCAGCUGGAGGACAGCCUUAAACGUUUAAACCACUGCAACGUUCAGGAGGUCCAGGCCGACAUCCAGGCAGCGCACGAGGUGCUGCACAAUGCCAGGGAGUCCUUCAAGUUUCUUCCCUCUCUGUAUGAGGCAGGCAGGAAGUGUGCCUCUGAUGGAGACCUGGUGAACUGCAUCCUCGCUGACACUGCUACUGCACUGACUAAUGAGUUUAACAGAAGCAUACAGGAACUUGCUCAAGGCCUGAUGGGGUAUGCAGAGGCAGCAUGUCCACAGGUGGUCCAGCGGUCCAGUGUGUGCGAGUGUCUUUCAGAGUGUGUGUCCAAAAGAAGCAGACAGACACACUCGUUCCUAAGAAGCACUCUGGUGGAGAACACAGGGCAGAUCAUCAACAACAGACUGCGUGAACUGAGACAAACACUGAGCGUCUCUCUGGCGGAGAGCAUCAUAGACCAGGUACUACAGGAUCUGACAAUGGCACAGAACAAAAUGGAUUGCCUUAUAAAAGAAAAUUCAUGGCUCGCUCUGAGAAUCCCAGAGCUCCGACUGGCCGACAGCGACUUCCCAACUGAUGACUACAGUCCAGCAUUCUGGAGAAAUAGUUUCCACUGCAAGAGCCUGAGGCCUGCCCCUUCAAUUAAGAGUCUUCUGGAUGCCGACUGGGAACAGCAGACCAGGGACAGAGGAGCAGAGAGAGAGAGGGGAGGAGAGGAUGGAGGGGGAAGGUGUGGCCUCCCUCAGUUGCCGACAGCAACCCCACUGUCAGUCACAGGCUCAAGCCCCGCCCAUUCCCCUUCCACCUCCCCGUCCCCCUCCCCCCCGGGACGGAGGGGGUGGAGGCGGAGGGAGGGAGAGGUGGUGGCAGUGGAUGCUGCAGCAGCAAUAUCAGGAGCGAGAGGAGCAUCGUUCAUUCCUCCUCCCAGUCUCCCUCUCCGUCAGUCCAUCUCCGCUCGAGCUCCAGAGGAGGAGGCUGCCAGCCGCGGAGGCUUACCCAGACGAGAGGCUCCCUUUCCCGGCUGCGGCCCCAGCCCAGGCCCCCUCCCCAGCUCUGGAUCCCCCGCUUCUCCCAUGGAGCCUCUACCCACCCAGGGACAGACUCUAAGGCACUACACUGCCUCCCGACCACGGCCGCGACGCACACACACACAGCCCCCCUCCUCCAGGCCUCAGGAGCCAGUUUCAAAGGUAGAAAAUGAAGCCAUUGAGGUGAUGGGUAGAGUUGAUGAAGGAGUAGAGGAGUUCUUCACCAAGAAAAUCAUCCCUGACUAUGCACUAAAAGGCCGGUGGGAGGAGUCAAACUCUGCCCAAGCCACUCCCUCAGAGUCAAGCUCCACCCCCUCAGCCUCAACUCCCUUUUCCUCUUCGUCUGACAAUAUCACCUCCUCUACCACCACCACUGUCACCUCUCCCUCUGUCCCAUCUACUGACACAUCCUUUACAUCCACUGAUGUUCCACCCAUCUCUACAUCCUCCAUUCCCCCUGCCUCCUUUUCUGUCACCACCAUCACCACCCCCACCACCACCACACUUCCCACCAAAAACAUCAAGAAAAAGUUUGGCGACUUCUUCGCCUUCAAGAGGGCUCGAGCCAGCCGAGCUGCCAAGGCAGGAGGGGGAGAUGGAGGAGGAGAGGGCGUGAAGGUCAAAAGGACCUCCAUUGCAGACCUCAUUCGACCCCUCCGCGAGGCCAAAGAAAGGGAGAGAGAGAGGGAGAGAGAGAAGGGGAGAGGGGCAAGGUCAGUGGAGGAUGCUAACGUUUGUAAUGAUGCCGCCACCACAGAAGGAACCGUUGCCACCAGCCACCAUCUUGCAGGCGAUGUGAGGGGAACGAUGGUGCCUGCCAAGACAUUAACCACGAUGACGCCUCCCAGUGACACCGCUCCCUCUUACCCCACCAUCGCCACAAGCCCUGACCUCACCACCGCUACUAUUUCCAACCUGGAAGAAGAGGCAGCUCCUGGCUUGCCAGGUCGCACCCCCAGUCCUGUGGUCACUUCCCCUCUCACUGAGCAGGAGAGGAGCGGUGUGCUGAUGAAGGAGAUGAAGUUGGGAGGGACUCCAUAUGGAGAGAGGAGACUGAAGGUAACCAAGAGGUCACUGAGGGAGGGCAAGAGCCAGAGUCUCAUACUGCUGACUGGAUUGGAGCCUGAAGACAAGGAUGACACACACAGUAAGAAACAUGCGUCUGAGAACACAUCUAGUUUUGAACAGAGGCUUCAGGUGAUGCUACAUAGAAUGGGCGUGGCCAAAACGCCACCUGCUGACACCAAGACGAGCCAGAACAAAGACGAGGAGCUGAGAAAGGCCAACUCUGAAGGUGCUAUCCUGGACAAACCGGAACCACCUCCCACAUACAUGAAGCCCAGAACCAUGUCCACUUCAUCAGCAGACCCUAGGCAUCCAAUGAGAGCACUGGAUCCCAUCCGACCCGAUCCUCCCCUUCACCCGAAGCCCGCCCUCCCGGAGCGCCCCAUUGGCCCCCUUCCACCCAAACCUGCUAUCGCAGCCAAGCCUCCCUUCCCCACCCCGGCUGCUCCUGCAGAUGGAGGCAUCUCAGUAGAGAGAGUCCAGCUCAGAGCACACACUCAUGAUGGCAGGCCGGGGGAGACUACAGCACAGAAUGGAAGCCAGGAGGGUCCCCGGGGUUCAGCCACAGCUUUAUCCCCCAGGAAAGAGCUGCUUCCUCCAGCCCCGUCCCCAUGGAGGGGUCCCAGCACACAGGAUCGCUCAGAGAAAGCACAAUCAGUGACUGACGAGAGUCUUCCUAAGCCACGGCAACACUUGAAGCCCCUUCCGCAGCGCAGGGCUGUGUCCGUCCACGAGGACACUCUGGCCAUGACACAAGAACUGAAGGCGGUGUUACAGAGGUCACCCAUCCGUUUCCGGGGCAACAGAGGCGAUCUGCCCACCUGCACUGAAAUUCCAUCCAGUGGGGAGGAAGCACAAAGAGCUCAGGAGGCCAGUGACAAAGGGACAGCAGGAGAAAAGAAGGAGGCUGUCCAGAAGGAUGAGCUGAAGGCAGAGAGAGGAAGGACUGGCUGCGAAGGGACGGUAGCUGAAACCAAGCACUCCCCUCCAGGAGAGGAGGAAGCCCCGGGCUCAGGGUGUCCCUCCUCUACAGCUCAGGCUCAGCAAGAAGCAUCAGCACCCCGACUCUUGGGUCCAGCUGCAGCUCUCGACAAAGAGAGGCCUCUGGCACUAAUCCAAAUCCUGGAAAAGCCUCCUGUACCCCCCACAUCCCAGAAAAAGAGCCCCAGCAGAGUGCCUGCAUUGCCCCAAACUCUCGAAAAACUGCUGGUGUCCCCACCCACCGAAGAAAAGACCCCCAGCACAAUCCCAGCUGAAUCCCCAGAAAACCCUCAAGUGAGUCCUCUGUCCCACAAGGAGAAGGGCCCAGGCACCAAUCUGGCCUCAGUGGAUCUGAGAAACAGCACACAGGAGAGAGGAGAGGCGGUCUCUAAACAGCACACAACAAAGGCAGAGCCAGCAGACCAAAGAACUGAGCCCCCUCUGUCUAAAUAAAAUGCACAGACUGACUCACCUGAGGAGAAGGGGCACACCUGGGAGAGAGAGGAGGGAGGGGUCUGUAACAUCACUGAACUGGGUGGGUAUAUGAGGUCUGAGAGCAGCAUGAAUGUUGUACCCUUCUGUAGAAACAGUAAGCUUGUGUGGUAUGCGUCUGGUCCCCCUCCCGUUCACACAUCUGGUCGGGCCAAUCACAACCGUUUGUCUAAUAUGGGGCGGGUUUCAUACUGAUGACUGCACAGAGGAGCACAACCUUAUUGUUGAUAACCUUGUUAAACAGAACCAUCUGUGAGGUCAUUGUUCAAACUGUUUAGGAAAAGCCAGGCCCUUUUAAAAAAAAUACUCAGCGGAUGAUUGGAUGAACCAUCUGUCUGUCACCGUCAAAAGCAAACUCCAGCCAAUCAGAUCAAUGAACCAUAUAACGUAGUCAAACUCUUACUGAAGCCAGUCAGGAGAAGAGAGAAAACAUCCUUUCCAUGGAGAGAAGCCUUCAGUGCCGUUCAGUGAAGAGAUACUCUCCAGUUCUGAUAUAACUGAUGCUAGUAGCGUCUACGCUAACCUCCUUAGCACCACCACUGUUGUUUUUGAGCUAACUUCUCGCACACCCAGCAUUAAUCAUGCUGCUACACACAAGUGCAUAGUUUGAAGCCUGGCAAGAUGGAGAGAUAGUCCAGCUGCCUCGCAAGGUUGACAAACAAGAUGGCUGCUGCUGAUGUGGAACGUUCUGCUGAAUCCGCUAUCUGACAGGAUUGGGUAAAUUUAAUUUACCAACUGCGCUACAUCACAUGUUUCAUUGCUCUGAUUGGUUGUAGGUCUACCCAACCACAGAGGCAUUGGCAGAAAUAAGAGAGGCCGUGUACAGCUGACGUCUGUACGUCUGUACGUCUGUACAGCUGCUAUAUUGGUUGUUAAAUAAACAUGGACUGCACAGAUGGUCCAGUGGUCAAAUGUAUGCGUGCCUGGAAAAAAUACAUUGAAUGUUCUACAAACUUCAUCUUCUGAAAAUAAGCUAGAUUUUUUUUAACUUUAUGAGUUGAUUAGGAGAAUCUGUUAUAGUUUGUGUUUGUGUUGUGUUAGCUUGCAUUAUGUGUUCAAAUGUGACCACUGGGCUGUUUUUGCAGCUUAUUUUCCCUUAAAAGCUAAUGUACAGACGUUAGCUGUGGCUAGCUAGCAACAUAAGCACUGACUGUGUGUCUACGGUGUGUACCUGUGUGACUUGAUGUCAGAAAUGACGAUACCUGUUCUUUUGCUCCAGAAUCAUCAUCUCAUCUGCUUACGCUGAUCGUUGAGUCAUAAAGCUGCAGGAUAAGUAGUCAUUUUUUCGCAGUGAGUGAUAUGCAACCGUGCCACCUCUAAAAUUCACUUUGCAUUCAGUCUGAACACACCUUUAGCUGAUCCUUCCAGCAAAUUAGCAAAUUACCAGUUAGGUUGCAUCAUGUCAAUCAAAGUAAUCUGUUUUACAACAUAUCAAGCAUGUUCAUUUAACUCCAUUCUACUGAGGUCCUGCAGUGUACGUAAUAGUCUCUAACAGGCGUCACACUGGCACCAGGCAGGUAGCUGGUUUCACAUUUCCCCCAGACACACUGUGUAAACUGCAGGAAUACAAGAUGUGCAACCUAUUUCCACCAGUGAGAUUUAUGGAAAUUAGCAGGUUACGUUGGCCGCCAAUUGUGCAAAAAACACAAACAGUCCUAUCUACGGCCAGUGUUUAGUUUGUUCGUUCUGGGCUACUGUAGGAACAUGGUGGUUCAACAUGGACUUCAUAGAAGGUGACCCACCCCCUCUGUAGAUACAAACAGCUCAUUCUAAGGUAACAAAAACACAACGAUUCCUAUAUUCAGGUGAUUAUACACUAAUGAAAACAAACCUGAAUAUGAAUAUUAUAUUUCUGACAAUAGAUGUUCCUAAAUGUUACACUGGACUGAACUUAAGCUUUCAACCACAGACCUUAUUUCAGACAUCUAACCAAAAACCCAUACAAUGAAACCUAUUGACAUUGAGGAAAGGGAACCAGAGGUGUUAAAACGCUUACUUAGUUCCGUGUUUUAGGACUCAUUCCUGCAGCACUCAAUAUGGCGAUAGAUGUAACAUCACUGCAGGACCUCAGCAGCACACAGUGACAAUUCCUUGUCAUUGUGCAAGCUCUGUUAGUUGUGUUCUUUAUUUUCAAUUAAAACCAUCAAGGAAGAAAGCAUUUCCUCAUGUACUAGAGGGGCCAUCAAAUAAAUUCAAGGUUUAACAGGUAGAACAGCACCGAGACAUUUCUCAUGAGGAAAUGCAUCCCGUGUAAUGUUCUUAUAUAAGGGCUGUUAUUUCAGUCAGUCCAGGACAACAUCUCUAUAGCUGUGUCAGUUUCAUUUACACUCGAAUAGUCGAUUAUUCGACAGAAAAUAAUCAGCAACUAUUUUGAUAAUUGAUUAACUGUUAAAGUAAUUUUUCAUGCAAAAAUGUCAGAAAAGUAUUUUUUCUGCUUCUCAGAUAUGAAGAACAUAUAAUAUAUAGAAUAUAUAUCUUUGGGACCGACAAAACAUUUAAAGACGUCACCUUGGAGAAACUGGGAUGGACAUUUUUCACAAUUUUCUGACAUUUUAUAGACCAAACAAUUCAUUGAUAAUGAAAAUAGUUGUUAGUUGUUGCCCUACUUGGCACCAUAUUUGUUUGGAUUCUGCCUCUGGAGCAGCACUGACCCUAUAUGCUCACAAAGGAAAAGACUGUUUCAGGGGAAACAUCCAAUCAGGAGAACAGCUCUGCACCUCAGUAAAAUUUCAGACGUGGGCGGCAACCUGGAGAUUUGGAACCAGGUUACAUAAAGCUUAAGGUUUUGCCUUAAUUGGAUGUUUUUGGAUUUUUUAACGAUACCUCCCAAUUCCGCUCUUACUACAUAAAGGUGAGGUGGGUCCCAACAUCUUGCAAAAGACAUUUACAAUGAAAGAAAAUAGCCUUUCUGGUUAUUUUCUCACAAUUAUAUGAAUAUUUUAUAUUUAUACAUUCAAAUGAGGUCAAAUCAAUUUCAUUUACACAAUUUCUAACAAGUCCCAUCAUACCAUGCAUGUGGGAAAAUGUUCUUCUUUCUUUUGCCUUGUUAAGAUGUCUUCACAUCAAGCCUUUUACAGUCUCCAGAUUAACACAUGGACACUAAAGCUCUGCAUGUUUCUGUGGAAUCACAUCAGUAUGUGGCGUUCAAACCAGUUCAGUUUCAGUCGCUCCACUAGGCAACAUUAUGUGUAAUCACCAAGUCCAUCAUGGGGAGGACCAGAUAGGAUCCCAAUGUGUGGUCAGAUAUUGUGAGGUAACAACAUUUGGUUCAGUCUAUCAAACUCUCAGGGUGCUUGUGGAGAGUGGUGUGUGUUUUGUAAGGGCAGACCUCAGUUCAGCUCCCCGUGCUGUCAGCGACCUGAGCCUCCGUCUCAUCCUAGGGGAGAAUUUUAUUUUCUACUGUCAUGUUUAUCUUUGCCUUGCACGCACAGAAUAUGUACAAAACUACAUAAAGCAAACAAAAACAAAGUUAUGAACAGAGUGUAAAUCCAUACCUAUACUUGUUAAUAAUGAUUAAAAUUAUGAGUUGUGUCAUAA